AUGUCAACGGAGGAAAAAUUCGAUGGGAUGCUGAUGGCCAUGGCCCAGCAGCAUGAAGGAGGAGUCCAGGAUCUAUUGGACACUAUCUUCAAUUUCCUUGCUCGUAAAACGGACUUUUACACUGGUGGUGGCGAAGGAGCAGCUGAGAAGUUGGUGAAUAGCAAAUUCAAAAAGCAUCAAGCUACAGCCAUCGCCAAGCACAACAAAGAACAAGCAGAACGCGCUGAACAGGAGCGAAAACGCCAGGAAAAAUUAGAAAAGAAGCGCAAAGAAGAACAAGAAGCCGCGAAGAUGAUGUUGGAUGAUGAUAGUCCUUGCAAAAUUGAAGAGGUAACUGAUGAAAUGGCGGAUAAGCUGAAAGAAGAGUGGACCAACAAGAAGCCUGAGUCCAGUGCAUCAGUUCCUGGUACCAGUUCCUCGCCAGUGAACGGUCAGACCGAAGCGCCGGCUGAAGAGAAGAAACCAAAGGAAGUGAAGACAAAGGAAGACGAUGAUGAAGAAGACGAGGUAGAGAAAGGCAAGCUGAAGCCCAACAGUGGAAACGGAGCCGACAUGCCCAAUUACAGAUGGACACAGACGCUUCAGGAGGUCGAA